GCCACAGAGAGCCAGAUCAGAAACGUGCGUGUGUGAUGCGGAAGAUCUAUUGCAUUUUUAAAAAGGAGGAGAAAGGCAGCCUCAUUUCCAUACAUGAAGCCAAUUGGAUGGAGCUGUUCUGAUGCCUCUUCCCUAUCAAGCACAGGAUUCCACCUGGAAAUUCCAAUCCUGGCAACAGAUUCCCUCAGCAACCAACUAUCCGUAGCUCAGUCUUUUUUGCACCAGAGAACAGCAUCCGUUAAGAGUCUCUUCAUUCAAAUUCAGGAUAAAUCAGUCGCGCAGGCCUCAUGUUCGCUGUUUUAAAUACAAGAAUUCCUCAAAAUCGGGAGGGAAAGAACUUUCGGCUCGAAGAGGCGCUUCUUCGUUCGCAUCCCGGCACAACCUUGAUUCCCGUUAGUUCGUUUUGGCUGAUUGACGGCGAGUCCCGGAGGAGGAGAAUGAGACAGCUGAAAGGGAAGCCCAAAAAAGAGACGUCGAGAGACAAAAAGGAACGGAAACAAGCCAUGCAGGAAGCACGACAGCAGGUCACGACCGUGGUGCUCCCUACGCUGGCCGUGGUUGUGCUUUUGAUCGUGGUCUUUGUGUACGUGGCGACCCGCCCAAACACAACGGAAUGAUGCGGCUGUCGAACUCCGCCGCAACUUUUGCCUCCUCUUCUGCCCAAUGCCAAAACCAAACCAAAAUGAAAAGCCCCCAAACGGAGGAAGAGAAAGACAGCCUUUUCUCUAUCUCCGAGUUCAUAAUAAUAAUAAUCCUUUUGCAAAAAGAAAAAAGGAAUCUUCUUUCUUUGACUUGAACCAAACUCCACAGUAAACACAGAACGUAUUUGCCACCAUGGCACAAAAUAAGUUUUCUCGCCCAGCUCAUGUGCCUUUUUGACUUUGAGGGGGGAGCGCAAGGACCCCUCCCCAUUUUUGAACCCUUUUGUCAUAAGGGGCGGGCGGGCGGGUCACUGUUGCUUUCGAAAAUUUCUAUAAAUCGAGUUUGAGCCUAUCAAUUUGUCGGCAACAUUGCUAGUGUUGUUACCAUGAGUCGUUGUACGUUGGCUUUGCAACUUUCCAAAGAAACGAAACUGCCCCCCCCACCCCCUUUCAGAAUGUUAUAAUGGCAUUUGGAAAACUUUGACUAAUAUAUAUACAUAUAUUUAUUUUUGGAAUAAAGAAGAUGAGUCUUGCAUAAAA